GUGGCGGAAUAGUGUGUUGAGUCGAUGUUUUCAUUCCUCAAUGGAAGAGAGAGAGUGUAACGGGAAAAACAAAACACAGCAGAGGACUAAGUCCAGUGACGUGGCCGGACCGAAGAGAAACAGGCAUCAAUAGGAGGCUGGAAUGUGUUAAGAUGUCUGACAGCGAAAGCUCCACAAGUGACCGAACAGAGAAAUCAAUGGAUCAAGAGCCCAAAGAGCCGUCAUCAGCCCCCCGAGAUGAGCCCUCCGCUGAUGCUCAGGGUGACAGCUCUACUGAUGUAACACCAACCCGAAAGACGAGGAAAAGACCAGAACUUAAACCUCCAGCAGAAGAACAGAAGAACCCAGAGACACCGCAAUCAGCAGAAAGUGCUCCAAAUGCCUCCACAGAGACGACUGUUUCCCAGGGAGGUUGGGGUUACUGGGGCAGCUGGGGUAAAUCGAUCCUCUCCACUGCUACUGCCACUGUAGCUACUGUGGGCCAAGGUUUGACACAGGUCAUUGAGAAAGCAGAGACGUCUCUUGGAAUCCCAAGUCCUGAGGAGCUUUCAGCUCAAGCGGAGGAGGAAAAAACUGAUGGUUCAGACAGUUGUGAGACGAAUAAAGAUGAAGGGGAGAAGGCGUAUGGGAUGGGUGGUGCUAUGGGAAUGAUCUCCUCUAGUAGUAUGGGAAUGCUGUCAUCUUUAACCACUGUAGUUCAGAGUACGGGUAAAACCGUAAUAAGUGGUGGUUUGGAUGCAUUGGAGUUUAUUGGGAAGAAGACCAUGGAUGUGAUAGCAGAGGGAGACCCCGGCUUUAAGAAAACCAAGGGACUGAUGAACAGAAACUCCACACUGUCACAGGUCCUAAGGGAAGCAAAGGAACGUGAGCAGCAGCAGAAAGCUGAAAACGUUUCUUCGGAAACAGACAAAAAGGCUCAUUAUGGGAUGUUGUUUGAUGAGUUUCAAGGCCUGUCCCAUCUGGAGGCUUUGGAGAUCCUCUCUAGAGAGAGUGAAGCUAAGGUGAAAUCUGUGCUGACCACUCUGUCCGGUGAAGAGUUAGCUAAACUGAGAGAGGAACUACAAGACAUUAAAGAGCCUUUUUCCCUCAUGGAGUUUGAUGAUGAGGUGGAGGAUGACAUGAAAGGUGAUGAUGGAGAGGAUUUUGUGAAGGAACUGACAGAUGUUCUUGAAAGAUUACAGAUCUCCACAUCAGCUGACAAACUAAGCAAGGCCAGAAAAAACGCAUUCAACCAUAUAACAAACAUGAAGCUACAAAGUGAAAGCACACAGCAAGAAGAAGAAGAAGAGGAGAAAGAACAGGAAACGCCAGUGACAAAAUACAGCGUUGAGGAGGCCCAUUUGUUUGCCAUUACAAGUCUGGCCGAGUUCACAGCCAGAUCCAUAGAGCAGUUCCAGAAAACAGCUGAAAUGCUGCUUCACUGUAACACUGAGGAGGCGACGGCCGCCGAACAAGCCAAAGUCUUAUCACAAGUUACUAUUGUUAUUUGUAAGGAGGUAUCACUACUAUCCAAAAAGUACACGUCGUGCUUGACUACCAUUGGGGCAAAUGAAAAAGGAGAAGUUCUCAAUCCACUGAUUACCAGCGUUUUUCUGGAGGCAUCAAACAGUGCAUCAUAUAUCCAGGACGCGUUCCAGCUCCUCAUGCCAGUGCUGGAAGUGUCUCAUAUUCAGAGGACAGUGGAGUCGGCACAGUGAGAUACACUCAGAAACACCAGACAUGCAACAUCAUAUCAUGGAAGUAAAAUAAUGUAGACAUUCAGGUAGACGUGGUAAGAAUAUGACAACAUACUGUAAAAAGUGCACAGCUUUAAGGUUGAUUGUUGGCUUUUUUCCUAUCUUGGUAUAUAUUUGAAUAGACUGUGUCAUAAAUCUCCCUAUAACUGACAGUGUAUAAAUGAAUAUGGUAAUUUAAAUAUCUUUUAUGUCUAAAUGUAUAACGAAAUGAAUAGAAAUCAUCUUUUUAAAAUCCUAAGACUUAUAUUGUUUUCAAAUAAUUAUGCAAGUCAUAUCAGUAUUAAUGUUAAUAUAUCAGUUAUCUUUUAAAUAAACAACUGUUACUUGUC